AUGACGGACGCCGUAUCCAUCGAACAGACCAAUAAAAUCCGAGUCUCACUCGGUCUCAAACCACUCCCUGUUCCCGGUGCCGACGCCACCGGUCCAGAUUUCAGAGAUGACGAUUCCUCGAGCGGUUCCGAAGACGAAGAAGACCCUGCGAGUACAUUAGAAACCCGCCAAGCGGAAGGAUACGCAAACUGGAAGAAACUUCAAGAUGAAGCCGACGCGAAACGCCGACGAGAAGAAAAGAACGCCGCGAUCAAAAAAGCACGCGAUGAAGCCCAGCGGAAACUCAAACUGGCAGGACCGACCUUGGGCGAUACAGAUAGCGCCGAACUUGACACCAAGGCCUGGCUGAUGCAGUCGAGGAAGCGAACGAAGAAGAUCGAGAAAGAGCGUGCGCGCAAACUUGCGGAAGAGCUUGAAGAGCGAGAGCGAGAGGCUGCGAUUCAGUACACUUCUGCGGACUUAGCUGGUGUCAAGGUCGGACACUCCAUUGGUGCCUUUGAGGGCGGCGAAGAUCAUAUUCUUACCUUGAAGGAUGCUGGUGUGGACGAUGAUGAAGAAGGCGAUGAACUCGAGGAUGUGAAUUUGGUGGAGAAGGAGAAGACCGAGGAAAAGCUUGAGUUAAAGAAGCGCAAGCCUGUCUACGAUCCUACGGCUGAGAAUCAUGGAAUUCUCUCACACUACGAUGAGGAGAUCGAGGGUAAGAAGCGCAAGAGAUUUACGCUAGAUGCCAAGGGCUCCACUGAAGAGGAACGAGAGGCUAAGCGACAGGAAGUCUCGAAUAAAUUGAGGAUGGGUGCCAUCAACCUUGAUUUGGAACCUGAGAUUCCAACUUCCGAUUAUAUGGAUAUCAGUGAGGUCAAGAUCAAGAAACCAACAAAGAAGAAGAGCAAGACUACCAAACAACGAGCCACCAUCGAGGAGGAUGACAUAUUCCCUGCCGCUGAAUCAAAUGGAGCGUCCAUGGAUAUUGAUUCGGCUAAUGGAGUCCCCGUAUCUGCUCCGCGAAAGCCAGUGGAUCAAAAUGUUUCGUUCGUGGAUGAUGAUGACCUACAAGCAUCUCUUGCCCUUCAACGACGCGCUGCGUUCAAGAAGCGUAAGAAGAUGCGUCCCGAAGAUCUUGCUCAGCAGCUCCGUGAAGAAGAAUCACAAACUCCCAUGGAAGUGGAGACACCUGGGGAAGACACCGAAGAACCCGGUCUCGUCAUCGAUGAAACCUCUGAAUUUAUUUCCAACCUACAGAAACCUACCCUCCCUGAACGAGAAGAGAGACGGAAUUCUACACCCACCACAGAGGCAGCUCCUCAGCCACAAAUCGAAGACGAGCCAGAAGAUGUGGACAUGGAGCGCUCCUACAAUGAUAUUGAGGAUGAUGAGGACCUUGCCGAGCGUCUCAAGCGCGAGAAAGCUCAACAGCCCAAACAAGAACUCACAGGCACUGGACUGGAGGAAGAAUCUACUCUGGAUCAGGGUCUGGGAGCUACAUUGUCUAUGCUCAGACAGCGUGGUUUGGUGAAGGAGACCAACAGCAGCGACCAAAAUGCUCUCAUGCGGGAUCGUCAACGUUUCCUGCAAGACAAGAUGAACCGUGAGGUCGAUGUCGACCGCCGUGCCCGCUUGCAACGUGAACGUGACCGUGCUUCUGGCAAGCUCGACCGCAUGUCUGCCCGUGAGCGUGAGGAACACGCACGCUGGGAGAACAAGCAACGUGAUCAACAAGAAGCGCGACACAUGGCCGAGGUGUUCAACAAGGAGUACAAGCCCGAUGUGCAACUCAAGUAUGUUGACGAGUAUGGCCGUUCGAUGAACCAGAAGGAGGCAUUCAAGCACCUCAGUCAUCAAUUCCACGGCAAGGGCAGUGGCAAGAUGAAGACCGAGAAGCGGUUGAAGAAGAUUGAGGAUGAGCAAAAACGCGAGGCCAUGAGUACAUUGGAUAGCAGUCAGCAUACGGGUAUGAACAAUGCCAUGGGAGCUCAAGCACGAAAGAACCGUCAGGCUGGUGUGCGACUUGGUUGA